GGCUGUCACGUGACCAGGAGAUAUUUUAAGCUCGAGCCGAAGGCGGCAAGGGGAAUUGCUCGGUAGCGUGAAGGUGCCGGUGCGGUCUGACACACGGCCGUGGGCGGGUCUAACAAUGACCACAAAUAUGAAACACAGAUUUGAUGCUGAUAACAGCACACCUUCCAUAAAGAAUUUCACCAGUGGAGUUGCAAGUCAUACAUCACUAAGACGAACAUUACAAGUAAUUCAACCUGUUGCUACUUCGGAUCAGCUUGUUGGCAGGAUAAAUGAGUCCCACAAGCAGUCUCCUAAAAGAAAGUACUGGAAUGAUGAUCAACCAAAGAGCUGCAAGAAAUCACGCACACAGAUCCCUCAAGACUUUGCAGGGUGCAACAAUGAAAACUCAGGGACUGAUAUGACAAAAGAAGCUUACCAACUUCUUGUUAAGUCAAAUCCUAGUUCUCUGUACUGGAAGGAGCUAGCAGAGGAGCGGAGAAAAGCCCUUUUCCAGGUUUUGCAAGAAAAUGAAAGAUUACACAAAGAAAUUGAACUUAAAGAUGAAGAUAUUUUGAAGUUGCAGAAAGAGAACCAAGAUUUAAUGGAAUUAGCAGAACAUGUACAGUACAUGGCUGAUAUAAUUGAGAAAUUAACUGGACAGAGUGCUGAUGAAUUAAUGCUGGAGUCAGAACAGGAAGCUGAAGAAGCACAUGGUUCUGAAGAGUUGAAGCUGGAAUCACAAGAAGCUGAGGAAACAGAGUCCAAGCUGACUAUUGAACCUGUAGAAGAAUCUGAUGACAAAUGUUCCUUGAGAGAAUCUGAGGAAGAAGAUUAGGCACAAUCAUUUUCUUGACUGCUUGAGCUGCUGACACCAAAAGGGAGGGAGAUGUUAUUCCCAUUAGUCUGGAAGAAAUUUCCAGUGAUGCUGCAAUAAACAAUGCCAGAUGUACAAACUGCCAUCCUUGUCAUUUCGUGGACUUUUAAUCUUGUGGGAAAUGUUUGAGUUGAUUGCAUAUGUUACUUUUUGUAGCAAUAUGAUGGACAAAGUCAUUAAAUUUGACUUUGGUAUGUAAAAUGCAUUCCAGGAAAGCUGUAUAUUUAAGAGUAAGUGCUUUUAGUCGAUGUUUUAGUAUGUACACUAAUAAAUAACUUGUAAAGUUUUUCAUUUCACCUUGGCAUUUGAUACUAAAUGUUUCCUUAUUGACGAUUUGCAAGUCACUUGCCUGUUUCCAAGAAGUGUAUUUAUUUUUGUCUCAAAUUUUAAUGAGAAAUAGUUGAAGUAUGUAAAUAGUGAUCCAUGUCCAUUAAUGUGCUGCAUUUCAUAAAUGGAAGUGAAAUUGCAUUUUAGUGGGUGAUAAAUUAUUGUAAUCAAGGUAGGGAUUGGUGUGUAUGUGGUAGUGGAAGAUGCAGAAGAGCAUCAUGGUGAAAUGGGUAGAAAGCACUGCAGAUACAGGAUGUCAAUAACUCAUUUCCAGCAUAUUUCGUUUGAUAUAUUGGUAUUCAACAUUGCAAUAUAGUACUGGACAUUCAGUUUGUUUUAAAUUUAUGAUGGAUAUUCAGUGGUUUUGUUACCCAUUUGGUUGGUACAAGUUAGUCUACUUGGAGUGAAACUGAGCUGGUAUUGCACUCAGAACCAUGGGAGCACUGAAUCAUAAAUCACCCUUGAAUGCCAUAGCUGUUUAGAUAUUCAGAAAAUACAAGAGAUCUCAUUAAGACUACAAUCUAGUUUCAGGUCAAAUUAUAUACAGUAAUGCAAUACAAAACUAAAUUUACAUUCUGGUUCAAUUUCAGUAGUACUGAUCUGGUGCUUUAAAGAUAGUAAGUUUUAAUCUUGAAUAACUUGAUGUCUGUAUUCACUUAGUCCUCUUGGGACAACUUAGUACAUUGAAGGUACAACUGUUAAAGGGGUAAAGGAAAUUUCGGUGGCCUUGAUUGGAAGAACUACUGCAAGAUCAAAAUGAUUCUUGCCUUCUGAUGAGAGUAGUUUGGUUGUGUGCUACAAUUUAAUUGCAAUUGAAGUGAAUUCAAAUACACAGCUAAGGUAUGUGAUUGGUUCAUCUACCAUGGAUAUAAUUAUUGGUUUGGAUUAAUUUCUCAGUUUUGCUUUUUUAUAACUUCACUGGCAAAAAUGGUUAAUUUUCAAUUCUGUUAAGUGAUUGGCAUUUUAACUUGGAAGAAUGGCAAAAUACUAAUGUUAAAUUUCCUUGAUGUGAUCAUUGUGAAGUUUGUGUUCUGACUAUUUAAUGGCAAUGAUAUAAAUUUGGGUACCUGUUGUGCCUUUGAAGCAGUGUUUGAUUUCUCAUAACUUGGUAGCUUAAGAACAUGUGGAUUGUGGGGACUUCUACACCUGAUGAUUUAUUUGCAUUGGAUAAAAAUGUAGACUUGAGUUUUGAUCAUCUGCAACACAAUUGGCAUAGUCCAACAAAUUCAGUAACAGGAAUGAUGUGGUUUCACUCUUGCUUUAUAUAUGCUAAUUGAAUCAUAAUACCUUAAUUUGUAAGCUUCUAGAUAACUAACAAUGAAGUAAUGUAACCAGUUUUUGCCAGAUAGUGGUGUCAAUGGAAUUUGAAUAAUGUAUUCAGUUUGACUUGCCGGGUAUCAUUUGUGCUUGACAGUGUCAAACCAGUACUUGGAAUGUAACUUAUCAAUAAGUACACCUUGUCCUUAUCUACAUUGUUCUCCCAAUUUCAUGCUAAUUGUUAGGCACACUACCAAAUGAGUGAAUACACAUAUCCAAAUUUGAUCCAAAGGCCUUGGUUAUGAAUACUAACAAGUGUUCACCU